AUGGCCAUGGACAACGAUACGUAUGCAUGUGUUGCUUCACAAGAUGUUGAAGUGAUUGUGCAUCAAAACCCAUGUGAGAAUGAGAGCCACAUAACCAAAUUGAGAGAGAGUGAAAACAAAAGUGAGUUGUGUGAUUCCACCCACUGUGACGUUGAGAGUAUCAACAAUGCGAGUGUGAGGGAUACAACAAAUAAAAAUAGAGAGUUAGAAUGCAAGUCAUGUGAGGAUAUUUUUGAAACUAACACUCUCAUUUCUACUUCUAGUGUUGUCUUUCCAAAUGUGCAGGUUUGUAAUGAGAAUAAGAAAGAGAUGGCUGCUCAUGACGACUCCAUACUUGUUGAGAGCAGUGAGAAGGUUGCCAUUCAUCCGAACCAAUUGUGUGCUACCCAAAACAUGAACCAUGAUGAUGAAAGUGGUAAGAUUUCAGAAGCGUCAUCCAUGAUACUUGCACUACCACAAAGUCUGAAAGUGAUAGAACAUAAUCAAAACCUUUAUGCUGAUUUGACUGAAGCUCAUGUAGAUACAAGUGUUGAAUUUGAUUUUGAUGAGAGUCUUUGUGCUUUGAAUGAUCCUUGCAACACUUCAUAUUUUGGCAAACUUCACCUUGUUCAGUUGACUACAUGUGCUGAUUUAUUUGCAAAGAUAUCUCCUACUGGAUGUUUGUGUUAUACUAUACUUAACAUGCCUAUCAAUUUUGAUAAAAUGCUUGAGAAAUUUUUUUAG